GCAAAAAGCAGCUCAGCCGCCUUACCUCAAUGUCGCUGGACAUGCUGUGGCCUUCAGAUUUGUAACAGUUACCUAGUUAACACAACAACAAGAAGAAGAAAUCCAUUAUAGGAAAUAAAAUAAUGGCAAUGAAAAAGACCCCGUGAAAAAGUAGGUAACGAAAAGACUGUAAAAAUUAAAAAACAAGAACAGAAACCAAGGCAGAAUGCUUUCUUACGUAACGGGCAACUAAAUGUCCUUAAAUUAUUCUUCAUUUCUCAGGAAUGAAGUGUCCCAGGUAACGAUAUCUGAUGGUAAAUUCUCUCAUGGGGAGAAAGAAGGUCAUGAUUUUUCGCUUAACUUCAACCUGAGCGCUUUUUCUGCCAUUUUUGCAGCCAAUUGUUUUUACUGUUAUGUUAAUGAGCUGCCACUCUUGAGUGCUCAGAUCAGCCUGAAAAUUAGUCACUGCAGCUAUCUAUUGGUGUAAAGAGAAGAAUGAGAUGGAAUUGACAUAGCUAGGUUGUAGAAGCUUUAUUGAGGUUUAUUGCAAACAUCAUAUGAGAAUACCCAUUUGAUUUUUAAUUAUUUUUGGGUUAGCAUUUGUUGAUUUUCAUGGAGGAGGAAAGAGCUCAGUCUGUGAGUACAGAGUCUCAGAAUGGUCAGCAACAGGAUUCGAAACCGCCAUGUACGGAAACAGACGGACGCGGCAAGCAUCGCAAGCAAGUAGAACUGAACAGAUUGAAUCAGGAGAUUCGGUAUCUGGAGGAAGAAUUAGAAGAACUGGAUAAAACUGACAAAGCUACAUCACCUUGCAAGGAAAUGGUUCAGAUGAUUGAGAGCACACCAGAUCCUCUUCUUCCUAUCACCAAAGGCCCAUCAAACCCAAUAUGGGAUCGAUGGUUUGAGGGACCAGUAGAGUCUGAUUCCUGCAGAUGUUGGAUAUUUUGAAGCUUACCUAAGUUUGGACCAUGGAAUUCCCUUCAUUUGAUUAUGGAACCAUUGCAGGAGAUUUGUCUAAUUGAGAGUUUAUUUUGAGCAUUGAUUGAGAGUUGCUUCCGUGCAUCUACCUGAUUUCUUUACCCAGUUUUCUUGUGCCAAAAAAUCAAGAUGAUACCACCUUGAGGCAUCAAUGUUGUCAGGACAUAAAUUUCUUCCUUUUCAUGCUUCCCUCAUGUAAUAUCAGGUAUCUGAGAAAUAACAAUACAGGGAAUCAAACUAUUGCUGAGUUGCCUCUUGCUAAUCAAUUGGAAAUUCAUUGAUAUUCUCAAAUUGCCUCAUCAUAAUAAAAUGCUCUCAUACUCAUCUUGUAGGGGGAAUAUGUUGUUUCUAUUAGUUUUGUUGAACAUGCUGUAGCUUUUACACUGCAGAAUGGCUUAUUAUAUCUGAAUCAACAAUGCUUUCUUUUUUCUA